GCGUGGCCUCGGCUGGGCGGGGCGACGCGGAAACCGGGCAUCGGCCGCAGCAGCGGCAGGAAAUCGGGGCUGGGCCCCGCCGGCGCGCGACCCUGUCCCCACCCCGGUCCCCGCCGAGCGACACCCGGUCCUAGCCAUGGAUGCAGCAGAGCCGGCUCCUGAGGGCAGGAAGAGGUACAGUGACAUCUUUCGGAGCCUGGACAACCUUGAAAUCUCACUGGGGAACGUGACCCUUGAGAUGCUGGCUGGAGACCCUGUACUCCCAGGAGACCCAGAGCCUAACAAGGCCCCCCUAGCUGCUGUGAACAGUGAAGCCAGCUGUUGGAGCAGCCCCUGCCCAGAGGGUCCUGCACCCCUCACAGGGGAGGAACUGGACUUGCGGCUCAUUCGGACCAAGGGAGGUGUCGAUGCAGCCCUGGAAUAUGCCAAGACCUGGACCCGCUAUGCCAAGGAGCUGCUGGCCUGGACAGAGAAGAGAGCCAACUAUGAGCUGGAGUUUGCUAAAAGCACCAUGAAGAUCGCCGAAGCUGGCAAGGUGUCCAUCCACCAGCAGGCCCAGAGCCACAUGCCUCUGCAAUACAUCUAUACCUUGUUUCUGGAGCACGACCUCAACCUGGGAGCCCUCGCCAUGGAGACAGUGGCCCAGCAGAAAAGAGACUACUACCAGCCCCUGGCUGCCAAACGGACUGAGAUUGAGAAGUGGCGGAAGGAGUUCAAGGAGCAGUGGGUGAAGGAGCAGAAGCGGAUGAACGAGGCGGUGCAGGCACUGCGGCGGGCCCAGCUCCAGUACGUGCAGCGCAGUGAGGACCUACGGGCGCGUUCCCAGGGGUCCCCUGAGGAUCCGGCCCCCCAGGCCUCACCUGGACCCAGCAAGCAGCAGGAGCGGCGAAGGCGCUCGCGAGAGGAGGCCCAGGCCAAGGCGCACGAGGCAGAGGCGCUGUACCAGGCCUGCGUCCGCGAGGCCAACGCACGGCAGCAGGACCUGGAGACCGCCAAGCAGCGGAUCGUGUCCCACGUGCGCAAGCUGGUGUUGCAGGGGGACGAAGUGCUGAGACGCGUGACCCUGGGCCUGUUCCAGCUAAGGCGGGCGCAGGCAGAGCGUGGUCCCCGUGCCUUCGCCGCCCUGGCCGAGUGCUGUGAGCCCUUUGAGCCCGGCCAGCGCUACCAGGAGUUCGUGCGGGCGGUGCAGCCUGAGCCCCCGCCGCCCCCACCGCCCGCCUUCUCCUUCCAGGAGUUCAUUCCCUCGGCACACAGCUCCCCUCUGGACACCAGAAAGAAACUCUCCGGGCCCCCACCUCCAAGGCUGGAUGAGAGUUCAGCUGAGCCAGGCACUUGGGAGGACUCAGGCACCAGCUGGCAGGGGACUCCAGGCCCCACGCCAGGCAGUGAUGUGGACAGCGUGGGCGGCGGCAGUGAGUCUCGAUCCAUGGACUCUCCCACUUCCAGCCCAGGCCCUGACACACGGCGGCUGGUGAAGGUUUCAUCUAUAGGCACCGAGUCCUCAGAUGACUUUGAGGAGCGAGACCCUGACCUGGGAGACGGGCUGGAGAAUGGGCUGGGCAGCCCCUUGAAGAAGUGGACGCUGUCCAGCGCAGCUCAGACCCACCGGCUGCGGCGGCUGCGGGGCCCAGCCAAGUGCCGCGAGUGCGAAGCCUUCAUGGUCAGCGGGAUCGAGUGUGAGGAGUGCUUUCUGACCUGCCACAAGCGCUGCCUUGAGACUCUGCUGAUCCUCUGUGGACACAAGCGGCUCCCUGCCCGGACACCCCUCUUUGGGGUCGACUUCCUGCAAGUGCCCAGGGACUUCCCAGAAGAGGUUCCCUUUGUGGUCACCAGGUGCACAGCCGAGAUAGAACACCGCGCCCUGGGUGUGCAGGGCAUUUACCGGGUCAGCGGCUCCCGGGUCCGGGUGGAGCGGCUGUGCCAGGCUUUUGAGAAUGGCCGUGCAUUGGUGGAGCUCUCAGGGAACUCGCCUCACGAUGUCUCGAGUGUGCUCAAGCGAUUUCUCCAGGAGCUCACCGACCCCGUGAUCCCCUUCCACCUCUACGACGCCUUCAUCUCUCUGGCUAAGACCCUGCAUGCAGACCCUGGGGACAACCCCGGGACCCCCAGCCCCAGCCCUGAGGUUAUCCGCUCGCUGAAGACCCUCUUGGUACAGCUGCCUGACUCUAACUACAACACCCUGCGCCACCUGGUGGCCCAUCUGUUCAGGGUGGCUGCACAGUUUGAGGAAAACAAGAUGUCUGCCAACAAUUUGGGCAUUGUGUUUGGGCCAACACUGCUGCGGUCACCAGAUGGUCCAUGGGCAGCUGGCAGCAUCCCUGUCACCUGCCUGCUGGACUCCGGGCACCAGGCCCAGCUUGUGGAAUUCCUCAUCGUGCACUACGAGCAGAUCUUCGGGAUGGAUGAGCUGCCCUUGGCCACUGAGCCCCCACCCCGAGACUCCAGCCCCCAGCUGCUACUGCCACACCUUGGCCCGGAGCCCCAGCCCCCAGCCCUAGCCUUGGACCCUGACCCAGACCCCAAGCCCCAGAUUGCCCUGGAGAAGCAUGCUGAGGCCACGCCCCCCGAGAAUAUGUACUGAACACUUGCUACAUGCCAAGGAUUGUUCUGGGCAUUGCAGAUACACCAGUGAGCUAAAUAUUCAAAGACCCCAUCCUCUCAGCGCCUACAUUCCGGUGGGGAAAGAUCAACAAUAAACAAAAACUAUGACACAAAGGCAGUUACAUAGGACAUUACGAGGUGACAGUGAGGAGUGUAAUAGCGAACAGAAAGGGUAUGGUGAGGAACAGGACAGCAGAAGCACCAAGGUAAGAGGUGGAGGGGCAGUUUGUAGCAGUAAGUAGGACAGUGUGGGCAGGUCUCACGGAGAAGGUGGAUUUGCACAAAGGCUGGAAGGAUAUAAAGGAGGAGCAAGCCAUGUAGAGAUCUGGGGAAGGGUGUUUCAGGCAAGGGAACAGCCAGUGAAAAGGCCCUGUGGUGGAAGCAUGUCUGGUGUUCAGGACACAGCCCUAUCCUGUAAUGAAUCAGGGGAAGGUGGUGGGAAGUAAGGCCAAAGAGGAGUGGGCCCAGAUGGCUCUGCCAGCUGCCACUGACCUCGCACCUGCUAUGCAUGGGGCACAGACCACUGAUAGAUGCACACCUACUAUGCACGGGGUACCAUAUAGGCUUCCUGUCAUCCUCUCCACAGUCCUGGUAGGCCCAGAGUGGUUAAGUGACCCUAAAAGGGGAGCCAUUGCAGGUGAAUCUUUAACAGAGCUCACCCAUCAGGAUCCAGAACUCAGCUAGGAACCAGGAAGAUGGCGGCAAUGGCCAAAACAAUCCACACCCAAGGCCUGCGCUCCUGGUAUCCUGCUACACCUGCCAUUCCUGAGAACAAGGACAUCCCCCAUAGCAGCUCAGAGCUGGGAAGGGCUGCCAGUGAGCUGUGGGUCUCUGAGAACUGGAAUGGUUCAUAAAGUGAAAAGCAAGAACUCAAUGUAGAAAGAACUCAAGCUGCUAUUACCAUUUAGCUAAAGGCAGAACAGUGAACAAACACAGAUAUACUAGAAAGCAGAGGUAAGCUUCAUGCGGUUGCAGAGAGCAGCGCAAGAUGGUAGUUCAGAGGCAUUGCCUAGUCCUGAUGUGGAGAUGGCUGAGCUGCUCCCUGAAUUUUUGUUUGUUUAUAUGUUUGUUUGUUUGUUUGUUUGUUUCCUUGAGACAGGGUCGCACUUUGUUGCCCAGG